GUGUGUAGCUUAGUGCACUCAUGCACCACACACACUCACUUUCCCACUCACAUUUACUAGCUCACAGACCAGCAGGAGAGAGCACACAGAAUAAGACUACACAUGCACAUAGAAAGUUUUUAUGUGUAUUGACAAGAAUCAUUGAUUUGGCUGUAACAGAGGCACUGAAUGUGGUGAGACAUUUGGAACUGCCAACCAAAACUGCAAACCAAAUUUGGCAACAACUGAGUAGCAGAGCUGCGUAGAACAACUUGAUUGUACAGUACAGAAGAACAUGGACCACUCGCACCAUGAUCACAGCAACAUGGCUCCCACCUUGGUUCCUCUCAUGGCGACAGACUCUCACGGGGAUAACGGAGGACAUGGAGGAGGGGUCCACAUGAUGAUGCAAAUGACAUUCUACUUUGGAUACAAAAAUGUGGAGCUACUGUUUGCAGGACUUGUUAUCAACACACCUGGAGAGAUGGUAGGGGCCUGCAUAGGUUGUUUCCUGCUGGCUGUGAUUUAUGAGGGCCUGAAAAUCGGCAGGGAGUUCCUGCUGAGGAGGAACCAGGUCAAUGUACGCUACAACUCUAUGCCUGUCCCAGGAGCAGAUGGCACCAUGCUCAUGGAGACCCACAAGACUGUUGGCCAGCGGAUGCUGAGUCUGGCCCACCUCUUGCAGACGUUCUUACACGUCAUCCAGGUGGUGGUCAGUUACUUCCUCAUGUUGGUUUUUAUGACCUACAACGCUUACCUGUGCAUCGCCGUGGCGGCUGGAGCAGGGGUGGGAUACUUCUUAUUCAGCUGGAAAAAAGCUGUGGUCGUCGACAUAACUGAACACUGUCACUAACAAGCCACCUGGUCCAGCUUCCUUCCACAGAGACACAAACACACACACACAUACUAUAUUGUACUCACUAGCAUUGUCCAUUAGAUCCUCAUCAUCAUGUAUCCAUCUUUAUAUACACAUUAUAUUUUGACAGUUCACUGUGUCACACAAAAACUGGCGGAUGGAAAAGGUAAAUUAUGCUUUUAUGUUCGUGUCCCAUUGAAGUCUCCCGUUUGUAGCGCUGUCAGGCUUCCUUCGUUGUCGUAACUUGAUGUUGGUAUUCCGAAAUGCUGGCUUGUUACACAAACAUACCCCUCCCUGUUUGUUUCAACAGCUCUGUCAAAGGAGCAAUCCCCUGUCCUCCAGUUUGUCCCCAUUUCAUUUGCAUUCUGCGUUCGUUAUAGCACAACAAUCCAUGUUGGUUCAUCCUUACUGUAUAGGGCUUCCGCUCUUGCUGACACAGGGCAUUUCUGACAAUUCAACUGUAUCUCCCUUGGAAGGUGAUUGUGCUGGUGCAGGCACUGAGGAGUUGUAAGAAUAAGGCCCUAUGCAGCUUCAGAAGCCUAGUCAUAUCAGCAAUCCUCAUGACAAUCCAGUAGGGAUCCAUAAAUAAAGUCUCACUGCAACAGCCAAAGGUCAUACUUGGGAUGGUGGGCCAACUCUGGGUGUAUGACUGAGCGCCUUACUAAACCCUUUGCCUUAAAGAAGGGAAACGUGACAGCUUAGGCCACAUUGUGGCCUGCAGGUGAUUUCUAAUCAAAUUAUUCUUGUUGGACAUAAAACACCAGGAAAUCAGCUCAUAUUUUAAUUUUGGAAAUCUAUUCCCAAGAUGGAGAAGCAGUGAAUGGAAAGCACUGACAACGUUGUAAGCCCUUUAUAUGAUACCUGCUGCUGUUUGUUGGCUUGAGUAAAAGCCUCAGUAUUUAUCAUUGACACUUGAAGUCUUGAUUUGAACAGUAAUUUUAAACUAGCUCUCACACACUAAGAACCCACUGUAAAAUAAUUAAAAUAACACAGGAAGUAAAUUAGCUUGCAAGUGAACACAACAUAAAACAGUUGUUAAGUCCCAAGGACAAGCAGGGGACUAUGUGGACAGCAGAAGGCUGAAUGCAGUGUUUCCUCAGACUGGUGUAGUUACACUUACUGCACUUUUUGUGACCUCAGUGCUUAGGCCACAUAGACUAUACACACUGAUGGAAGGGGGUUAUCUAUAAAGUAGAACCUAAAGAAAUUAUUUUUAUUAGUUUAUCAUGAAAUUGUUUUUUUAUUUUAGAUAAAUGACAGUAGUAAAUGUUUCAGUUUUCUAAGGCUACAUUUACAUAGGCAGCCCAAUUUGAAUCUUUUGCCAAUUUUUUGGGCAAUAGAGAGGCUCGGAUUGGUCAAAUGACCAACACACAGAAAAUAUCGGAACUGGGCUACUGUGUAAAUGACUUAUUUUUUGACCUGGGCCCAGUUUCCUGAAAGCAUAAAGGCAAAGCUCUCAAUGUAAUCCAACAGAGCGUUAUAUAGCCAUUAAUAUCAACAAAGUAGCCUUAAGAUGUUUUUAGGAUACUGGAUGUUAUUGUAAGGCUGCAUUUACCCAAAGCCCAAUUCUGAUAUUUUUACAUUAAAAUCGUUUAAUUCAUUUCUGAACAAAAUUGAUUGUUAGACGAUCUGAUGUAAUUGGUCCGAAGUGAACUAAUUGGUGUUAAAAAGAUUAGUAAGUAUGCUGCAUUUAAACAGGCAGUCUAUAUGUAAUCUUUUCAGAACAUUGUGCUGUGCCUGACUUGGAGGUCAAAUUCCCACUUGCUAUAUCUGGAUUUAAUAGCCAUGUUCUCGUUAUGUGUAAGUCGUGCCAGAGACACUAAUUGUAUACUUGUACAUAUAAUUGUUUCUGCUUUACCAUGUGGUAUCAUGUGCAACUAAUAUAUUCUAGUCUACUGUACAAAUAAGCGUUGAAGCGAAUGGGCCAAAAUUACAGUGGGAAUCUGACCACCCCUCCAGCACAGCAUCAGUGUGAAUAUUACCUGGGCUCUUAAGUCUACAGACAUGUCUGUAUAGUUUGACAUAUUUACAGUCCUGUGAUCGUCUCUAAAAGAAGUAAUAAAUGGUAUCAUUCAACAA